AUGCCGUGCAAUUUGUGACAGUACGUCCUUCGGUAGGCUGAUUUUUAGYUCCUUGCAUGUCUGUAGCCAUGCAUUUGCUGUUUUUAUGCUCUGCAGUUCUUCUUAUUAAUACUUAUCAAGUAUCAGCUCAAGUAUGUCGGGAUUGGAAAAGCUACAAUAACAACUGCUACAAGUUCGUUGCUCGCAGUCUUACAGUGAAAGGAAAGUCAUGGGAGGAAGCUGAGAUUUUCUGUCAAACCUACGGUGGUCAUUUGGCUAGUAUAGGUGACCAAGCCGAAAAUACGUAUUUGUACAACCAAACUAGUAAAUUCACCAACGAACGGUUUUGGAUUGGCUACAAUGACCGUGCCAAAGAAGGCGUUUUCAAGUGGACAGAUGGCUUUUCAGCUACAAAAUACACUAAUUGGGGACGAGGGGAACCCAAUGACUUUAGGAAUUCGGAAGAUUGCGUCGAAAUGAUUAAUGGCUUUUGGAAUGAUGAUGGAUGCUCGCAUUCAAAGAGUUAUAUAUGUAAACGAACACAAGGUGCUCCAUGGCCAACGCAAGGGCCCAUCUUGCCACCCGUAACACAAAAACCGGUGUACUGUGGAGCAGGGUGGGAGAGCUACGGAGGUUCUUGUUAUAUGUUUUCUAAAGCAUCGAAAACAUGGCUGCAGGCGAGUAAGGCUUGUCGUAAUUCAGGGGGAUAUUUAGUGAAGGUGAACAAUGGAGAUGAACAGCACUACUUGUCCUACAGACUUAGAACGCUUACCCAGCCGUACUGGAUGGGGCUAAAUGACCGAGCUAUCGAAGGGACGUUCGUGUGGGACGGCGACAACACGAAAAUCAACUUCACAAACUGGUUUACAGGAGAACCUAAUGAUUUUAGUGGGAAAGAAGAUUGCGUCCAAAUAUAUAGUGGUCUCUUGGCCGGCUUGUGGAAUGACCAAUACUGCAACAAGAUAAGACCAUAUAUCUGCGAAAUACCUAAUGGUCAAAGCCUUUGUCCUGUUAACUGGGUAACGUUCGGAGACGCAUGUUUUGAGUUUAACACACAUCCAGCUCAAGCAAUAACCUGGMCUCAAGCACGUGAUUCCUGUAAAUCAACAGAUGGUGCUCAAUUGRCCAGUAUACUUAGUUCGGAUGAACAAAUGUUUGUAUGGCAGCAGCUACAGGAUCUUAAGGCUGGUAAUGUCUGGUUGGGCCUGAAUGAUAAGGAUAAGGAAGGAUUUUUUGUAUGGAGUGACAGGUCGACUUUUACUUAUAAGAACUGGAUGAACAAUGAACCAGGAAGCGGUUUACAGGCGGCCUCCAAAGACUGUGUUCUUUUAGUAACAGGUGCUGUUAAUGGCACGUGGGGUACUCAGAAUUGCUCCUACAAACGUCCUUAUGUCUGUAAAAGAAAUAGAGGCCACGAUCAGUGUAAUUCACCYCUUGGGAUGCAAACUUUUCAAAUUACUGACGCUCAGAUAACAGCAAGUAGUAUGAAAGGAAGCAACUCAGCGCCCUCACAAGCAAGACUCAAGCUCCAACCCUCUAGUAUGUCUUUAGGAGCCUGGUGUGCGAACAGCAACGCUAAGGGUCAAUAUCUCCAAGUCGACCUUGGCCUUGCCAGGAAGGUCACGCAUGUUGCCAUUCAAGGAAGACCGAAGUCAUCAGACUUUGUAAAAACCUUCUACCUGAGAUAUAGUAGUGACGGCCAAAACUUUAUCACCUAUGGAGAAAAUAAAACUACAAGUUAUGCAAUUUUGAAAGGCAGCAGUAACUCCGAUGACGUCACUCAAGUGAUAUUACCUGAAGCGUUUACCUGUAGAUUCAUCAGGUUCUACCCCCUGACUUGGAAUAAUAGCAUUUGUAUGAGAACAGAAAUAUUCGGCUGUGAUGGACAAGUGGAUUCUAAGAAGUGUCGCAAAGGUUGGGAAGAAGGGCCGGACAAUACAUGUUAUCAAUACAAUACYAAUCGGUUAAAGAUAUGGGCGGAUGCCCGUGCAUCAUGUACAAGCCAAGGUGGUGAUCUGCUUAGUAUCGUAACGGACAAUGAAAGGAUAUACAUCGACAAAAGAAUGAAAGUUCUAGCUAACUCAAUCAGCUCGUUUUGGAUUGGACUCAAUGAUAGAGAAAGCAACCGAUUAUUUCAGUGGAGCGAUCAAAGUCCAUUUGUUGUGACCAGAUGGGAUUCUGGGUACCCAAAGGAUUCCUCCAAUGCGAAAGCAUGCGUAGAAUUGGUCCCCAKUCGAUUAGCUUGGAGAGACAUUGACUGCGGGCAGUACAAGCCUUAUAUUUGCAAAAGAAAAAUAUCAGGUGUUCAGAAUAUUAAGAAAUACUCAAAGACAGCCAAUUGGAUUAGUACUACAGACRGUUUUUGGCCUCUUAAUGGUCUGGUCGAUGGGAAGGCAUUGGGAACUGUUCCCGCUACUGUAAGUGGUGAUAUCAGUAAAGCAGUGUUCUCAGACCAGAAGCCAGCUUUAAGAAUGAGUACCUCUCAAGCAUAUUUCCUGGCAGGGGAGUAUCAGGAUCAAUGCAUAGGUGAUGCAGAAGUUUGUAAUUCGGGACUAAGCGUUUCUUUGAUUUUAAAUCUAAACUCUUCGACAUGGACCCAAAGGACUUUUCUGGUUGACUCUAUUGGAGAUUCUAACCUAGCUAAGUCACGUGGAUUUGCUGUGUACAUGGAACAAGGAGCACUCAAAGUAACAAUAUUUACAACAAGGUCUAGCUGGAAAGUUUCUACUUCUAUUAGUACUGGAAUGUGGCAUCACGUGGCGUUUACAUGGUUGAGUGGUGUAGGGUUAAAGCUCUACGUCGAUGGAAAGCAAAAGGCAUCUGAUGUAUCAGGGACAAUAUYAACUCCAACUCACCCAUCAAACAAUUACGUUUUGACGGUCGGCAGCAAGUUAAAGCGUUUUCAAGUUGGGUACUAUUUCAUGAGGUCGUUAGGAAUAUGGAAAAGAUUGCUUGAUCCAUCAGAAAUCAAUGAUAUUUACCUUGCAGAGCUUGGAACAUGCACGUUAGGAUGGAAAGAGUUUGGUCAAUAUUGCUACCAAUUUAAUAGCAACAAAAAGAGCUGGGUGCUUGCAAGAAGUAAUUGUCAGAAACAAGGCGGUGAUUUGGUCAGCAUAACCUCACCAGUUGAGCAGGCGCAUAUAUCAUUGGAGGUCGGAUACUUUGGUCUCAAUUCAUUUGCUUGGAUCGGCUUCCAUGAUAGGUCCCUGGAAAGUGUUUGGAAAUGGUGUGAUGGCUCGCCAACUCUUUUCACUAACUGGAAUAAUUACCAGCCAGAUAACUGGUACUGGCAUGGGGAAGACUGUGGUCACACUUAUCAUCAAACAUCAAUUAUGGGACGAUGGAACGACAUUAGAUGCACUACAAACAUGGCUUCUAUAUGCAAACGCAAAAAAGUUAUACAAUCAACUGGAACUUCUCCUACGUUAGCACCUCGUAAACAAAUCAUCUGUGAAUGGUCAUCUGAUAGCCUCAGCUGUCCAGCAUCAACAGUGAUUUCAAUACAGAAAGCAAACUACGGCCGUACGGACAAAACGACUUGUGGAGCAAUUAGUAUUACCAAUUGCUUAUUAAAUGUCACUUCCAAACUUCAGCAGGUGUGCGGCGGGCUUAAGUUCUGUUCUAUAAAUGCGAACAACCAAUUUUUUGGUAAAGAUCCAUGCAAGUACACCAGGAAGUAUCUGGAUGUUACGUACAAUUGUGUAAAAGGAACCCCCAAUGUAACGACAUGUCCGUCGGGGUGGCAAAGAUCUCCUGAUGGCAGUGCUUGCUACCGUCUGAUGCUUGACAAGAAGAGUUGGUCUGAUGCCCGUGCAUCGUGCAAGAAGUCUGGUGCUGAAUUAGUUAGCAUCCAUUCAGGAACCGAAAGUGUAAUUGUGACAAGUUUGCUGGUGACGUCAUGGGAUGCUGGAGACGUGUGGAUCGGACUAACAGAUAAGGGAACACGUGGAGUAUACCGCUGGUCAGAUAAUACUGUAGUGGACUUCACGCAUUGGUGGAAUGGUCAACCAAAUGACAGGAAUAUCAAUGGUAGCUGUGUACGAGCCACGAUGACGAUUAGUAGCAGAGACUGGAUGUACUGGAUGGAUGAUGAUUGUAGCAGUAAUCUYGCUUAUGUUUGCAAAAAAUUUGGAAAGGGAAUCACGCAGCCGACCAGACAGCCAACUACAGUUCCUGUUGGUCCAUGUCUCAAGGGAUGGACGGCUUACCAGUUUGGCUGCUACAAAGUUUUUCCACAAAGUCAAACAUGGACGGCUGCUCGAGAUGCCUGUMGAAAGUUUUCCAAAACAACAGACCUUGUUAGCAUCCACRAUGCAGCAGARAAUAAGUUUGUACAGAGUUUGACAAAUAAAUCUCUCGACACUUGGAUAGGACUCAACGAUCGAGGAGUCCUUUCAGGUCACGUAUGGACAGACAAUACUCCAUUACGAUACACCAAUUGGGGACCAGUGCAACCUGACAGUCAUUCUGGUCAGCAGCCCUGCGUUAUUAUCAAAGCAUCAGGGAACUGGUAUGACGUGGGGUGCUUUUCGACGAGGGCUUAUAUUUGUAAAAUGAAGAGACCUUCCAGUGCGUUUACUACUCCAAAACCGACAAAGGCCACACCUCUACCAACAGCACCUCCUGGUACCUGUGAUCCCGGUUGGAAGUACUGGAACCAAAUGUGCUAUUUCUUCAGCAAAACAACCGUCUCCACGUGGCUUUCGUGGUUUAAUGCCAGAAGUACUUGUAAAAAGAUGGGUGGAGAGUUGGCCAGUAUAAGUAGUGCUUCUGAAAAUGCAUUCCUUUAUAACAACAUCAGAUACAAUCACUGGAGAAUCCCAGCGUUUUGGAUUGGAUUGAACGAUAUGGCAACGGAAGGCAGUUACCAAUGGAGUGAUGGAAGUCCUUUAUCAUUCGUCUACUACRGUUGGAGAGAACCAAACGACUGGAACGGACAGGAGGAUUGUAUGGAGCUCGGCAGAUGGAAUGGCAAAUGGAAUGAUAAUCUGUGCGGCAUGACACGUCCGUAUAUUUGUAAAAAACACAACAAUACCUUUACACCACCACCAACAAUUGCGCCAACACCUGGACCCGCUGUUGGGAAGUGUUCUCCAGGCUGGAUAAACUACGACAAAAGCUGCUAUAAGUUUGUUGCGGAUGAGGUACAGACUUGGAAAAACGCACGAACUCGUUGUCAGAAGAAUGCAACAUACUCCAAGAUGAAUGGUGAAUUAGUGACAAUUAACAACCAGUAUGAACAAGCGUUCAUUGGUACUUUAUUGGCUGGGUUUAAAUAUCAUGGGGCUGGUAUUUGGAUUGGAAUGAGUGAUAUUCACACAGAAAACKUGUUCACAUGGGUUUCAARUCAACCAGUGACGUAUACAAACUGGUACUCAAACCAACCAAGAAAACACUGGCUCCUCGAUUGUGUUGAUAUGUGGACAGGCACCUGGGGCGCCGGACGGUGGGUUGUGCGACCAUGCUCAGUGAAAAGGAGAUACAUUUGCGAAGCGCCUGCUCUACCUUUGGGACCAAAUCCAGUAACUCCAACGCAAAGUUUUUUUUUCCCUGCACCGUUUAUCAAAUAUGGUGCUAACCAGUGCAUGGCCUUUUUUUUCACAAAACUCACUUGGAAAGAAGCAAGAGAAGUCUGCACUAAAUUUUUUUUUGAUCUCGCUAGUUUGCACAGCCCGUUUGACCAAGCCUUUUUGGUUAGCAAGUUUUUUUUCUAUCGUGGAAAUGUCUGGAUCGGUAUGUCACGUGMUGCCAACUUUUUUUUAUUCACGUGGUCUGACCUCAGUGCUCAGGAGUACACGCAUUGGUCCAAAGGUCAACCCGGGGCACCUGGAUCAUCUAAAACAUGUGUUCAAGCAUUUUUUUUAACCACAAAUGAUGGGAGAUGGACUGUGACAGACUGUUCUACAUUUUUUUUUUUUAUGUGCCAAAUAUUGAAAGGAGACCAGCAUGUCACACCAGUGGAGCAGGGAACUUGUCUUCCUGGCUUCGAGAAACUUUUUUUUUUCUGUUAUCUGUUCAAAUUUAUGGACAAGCAACCAUGGUCUUCUGCCAGGUAUCGUUGUAUGAAGCUGGGAGGGGAUCUUGUCAGCAUUUUAAAUUUUUUUUUGAAAGAUUUUCUCGUUUAUCGAUUUAAAGACCUCAGCUGGAAAUUUUUUUUGUGGACCGGUCUUAACGACCGUUCUUAUGAGCGGGGUUACGAAUGGACUGAUGGCAGCCCUGUAGCGUUUACAGCAUGGGCAACGAAACAGCCCAAUGACAACCAAGGUACUGAAAACUGUGUUUCCAUGUGGAGUGGUACUGGAUUAUGGUCUGAUAGACCAUGCACUUGGAAACUCGGCUAUAUUUGCAAAGCAAAGCUCGAAUGCUCGUCACCUCUUGGUAUGGCCAGCGGUAACAUCACAAAGGAUCAGAUAAACGCAUCUUCAUCCCUUGAUAUAUUACAUACGCCAGACAUGGGCAGAAUGAACGGGUCAAGUGGCUGGUGUGCCAGCGACAAGGACAAAGCACCCUACUUUCAGGUCGAGUUUUUAGAUGAGAUGGAGAUUGCUAAGAUUGGUAUUAAGGGAGUCAAUCUUUACAAUACACCAGCAUUCAUUAAAUCAUUCACCGUGUCUUAUGCUGUAUACAAAGAUCAGUGGAUGCCUUAUCAUUUUUUUUGGGCGAACAGGAAGCCACUUGGGAUCCAGUCAAGAUUGAUUAGAGAUUUUUUUUUCAACGCUUCAUCACAAUCAGAUGCGCUUCAUGGUGCAACUCAUUUUUUUUCUUCAGUAGGGAGGGGCUGGUGUCCAUCGGCGUCUGACAAGAACCCAUGGCUUCAGGUAACCUGGCCUGGUUUUGCCAAAAGACUUACUAAAAUAGGGACAUGGGGAGCAGGGCCAGGAAAGAACGCCUACGUCACAAGAUACAAGCUUGCGUUCUUUUUUUUCGGACAAGUGUUUACAGACUACCAAGAAAAGGGCGUGUCCCGGAUAUUCCGUGGUAACAUCGAUUCCACCAAGCAGAUCGUGCAUGUGUUAAGUGAUCCAAUCAAAACACAGUACUUCCGCAUAAUACCGCUGUCUGGAGCACGUGGUGGCAUUUGCCUUCGAUUUGAACUUUACGGUUGUGCUAGCGGCUGCAUCGAUCCACUGGGUAUGGAGACAGGUGCAAUAGAAGAUUCCUGGAUAUCGUCAUCAUUUUUUUUUGACGAGGAUCAUAAASCUAAUACUGCUCAUAAUGUGAGACUUUUUUUUCCACCAAUCAUCGAGCCCACUGGAUCUGUGAUCCCUACAACGGCACCGAGGUAUUUGUCAUAUAAAGUAACAGUAAAAAUAACUAACAUGCCUUUUUUUUGCGACUACUCAUCAAGAAAGACUGACGCUUUCAAGAGCCUCGCUUUUUUUUUUAUUGCCCAAGUGAGAUCCUUAUACAAAAGAGUUAAAGAUGACAAGGUUUCUUUGGCUUUUUUUUUUGUACAAAUUAUCAAGUUCAGAUCUGGCAGCUUUUUUUUGGAUUUCAACGUCACGUUUUUAGCGGAUAUUGCUAAAGGAGUGUUUUUUUUGCAGCGAAUUAAAGAUACUGUCAAUAAUGGUUCCCUUGGAAACAUGACUGUUGAUCCGAGCUCUCUUGAGAUUGUAGAAAUCAAGCAAUCGAGUGGCAGUACAAGUGCACAAAAGAUAGGUGGUAGCAGUGGACUAUCUGGUGGUGCAAAGGCUGGUAUUGGCAUCGUUGUUAUACUAGUCGUAGCUAGUGGUCUACUACUUGGAAUAUGGUGGAUUCGAAAGAAACGAUCCGCAAGCUUAGGACUCUUGAGACAUCAGGAGUUCGAUAACCCCAUACACUUCUCAUCCAAAGCUUACGAUAUGGAUGACCCUUUGCCUAUCCCCCCUGAUUAA